GAUCUGACAACACUGCGCGCGAACCAAACACGGCGAGGAUGAAGCAAGAUGGCGUCUGACGGUGAAGACGUUGUUGCAGUCGUCACAGUUCAGUAUUCUUAAUCUGUGCCUCCAUGUACACAUACAUGUCCUUUUAUUGUCCUUUAUUAAUAACUGUUUGCAUCCGGUUAUAUCAGUCUGAGGGCACUUUGAUGCUUCACGAGCUAGCUUAGCUAGCCAGUUGGCUUAACUUGUUAACUGCUAACAAAGAGAGGCGGAAGUGAUCAAAAAACAUCGCUAAGCAGAGAUCAAAUGUGAGUGUAAAGUGUUGUGAUUGUGUGAAAAUGUGCGAAAGAACGAUAGCAGAGUACGAGGAGGAACGUUGUCCAACAAAAGAGAAGGAGCGACAACAUCAAAAACAUCAAGUUGUGUUACACAGAACAGACAUCCAUCAGCUGAUUGACCACCAAGAAGAAUGUCUCCCUCAUCUGCAGGGGGACAUAUUCACUUUAGAGUAUCCACAGCCCUCAUUUUUUAAAGGGGACGAGGAGGAUCCACAGCACCCCUAUUUUAAAGAGGAAGAGGAGGGAGAGUGUCCUGUAGGGCAGGAGGAGGCUGAUCUCAGCAAGUUUCCACUGACUGUUGUCUCUGUGAAGACUGAAGAGCAUGAAGACAAACCACCUGAGUCCUCACAGCUUCAUCACAGUCCAAACGUCUGUGAAGAACAACUUCUGCCCGAAAAACAGGAGUGUAGCUUCAGGAUGGUGAAGGAGGAUCCAUCAAAGAAGACCAGGCGCCACAGACCCUCUGGCGUCUCCUUUUCCUCUUUGACACAGACCCUUCCCUGUAAAAAGGAAGAAGAAGACUCAUUGACCCCCCACAUUAAAAAGGAAGAGGAGGAACACCUCAUCAGUAAGCCUAAAUGGUUGGUGGAGUUCCCAGUGACUGGUGUCCCUGUGAAGAGUGAAGAUGAUGAGGUCAAAGGUGAAAGUGAGGAGAGGGGAGGGGGGGAGCCUCCGAGCAGCAGCUCAACACAACACAUGACAACAGAAGCUGAUGGAGACCACUGUGGAGGAUCACAAGCAGACAACCUCUUAGCUCCACUAUCAGAUAGUGAGGACACAACGUCACACUCUCCUGACACUGAUGAUGAAGACUCUAAAGAUGAUAAGACAUGUCACACUGACAACACUCACUUCACAUGUUCUCACUGCGACAAAACAUUUAAAUACCAUAGUUAUCUGAAAGUACACAUGAGAACACACACUGGUGAAAAACCUUUCUCUUGUUCAAUAUGUGGUAAAGGUUUUGCACAAAGUUCAUGUUUGGUAAAACACAAAACAAUACACACUGGAGAACAAUAUUGUAUCUGUUCAAUCUGUGGUAAAGGUUUUGUAGAAAGUGGCAAUUUGAAAGUACACAUGAAAAGACACACUGGUGAAAAAACUUUUUCUUGUUCAAUCUGUGGUAAAGGUUUUGUAGAAAGUAGCUCUUUGAAAAGACACAUGAGAACACACACUGGCGAAAAACCUUUUUCUUGUUUAAUCUGUGGCUUAUCUCUUACAAGGAAGGAAUAUUUGAAAGUACACAUGAGAACGCACACUGGCGAAAAACCUUUUUCCUGUUCAGUCUGUGGUAAGAGUUUUACAAAUAGUGUCAAUAUGAAAACACACAAGAGAACACACACUGGCGAAAAAACACAUUUCUGUUCAAUCUGCAACAGAAGCUUUUGUGACCGAUCAAACCUUGUAAGACACAUGAGAACACACACAGGAGAGAAAGUGUUGAGUUGCAGUGUGUGUGGUGAAAGAUUCUCUUAUAAGUCCCAGUGUAAGAAACACAAGUGUGCUGGUGAGAACAGCAGCAGCAAAUGAAACUGCAGGAUUUGAAAUAAACUGUCAAAACUUAAAUUUUGACUUUCUAACUACAUCAGCACAUAUAACGUGUGACAUUGUUGUUUGUGUAACAAUCUUUUUUGUAUGCUUCUACAUUUAUAGAUUAGAUAUUUUAUAUUACUGCUUUUUUCAGUCAAGUACAUGCAUUAAUAUGCAACAUUGUGUACUUUUAUUAAAAAUGUUAUGAAACAAUUUGACUGAAAAGGUGAUUGUAAACAGUACAACACCUAUUUUACAUUCAAUAAACAUUUUAUUUUCAUAUAUAUGCAUAAUACAAUUUUAGACUUAUUCAUAAUAGUGUUUUUUAUAGGCGUUUGAAAUAUUGAAGUAUUACUUAUUUUUAAUUGUUAAUAAUCCCAUAGAUAAGCACCUUUAUAUGAUAUACAUAUUUACUGGUUCACAUCUGAAACAUCUUCUGGACCACUUCAGGAAGCAUAUUAUUAUUUACUUUAUACAUUAUUUGAACAGUUGUCUUUUUUGCAAUUCUAAAAUGUGUGACUUUAUGAAUCAUUUGUUGGGUCUCUAUAAUCUAUUUUAUUAAUGAUCUUUAUUACUCUCUUUUGUAUUAUGAUGAUUGUGUUGUGAUUGUUUUAUAUGUAUGUCCCCAGACAUUUAUGCAAUGUGAAAGAAAAUGGCUGAUUUGUUUCGAGAGAGUUAUAUUUGUGGAUUUAAAAAAAAAAAAAAAACAUUGUUGUGUUUUAAACACUUGUUUCUUUUUUUUUCUUCUUUUUUUAACAUCCCAAAAACAUUAUCUAUAUCAAUCAAAUUUUGGAGUGUAAGGCAAAAGCCAAUAAUGAACAUUUGCUUUGCAUACAUUCAUAAAAUAAACAGUUUAUUUUGUUUCCCUAUCACAGAACGAACAGGUGUUGUCUUCAAUUUUAAAACAUCCUAAAAAUUAUUUUAAGUGGUCAAUUCCGGGGGGUUUUUUUUCUAAAAUGAACUCCUUUGCUUUUGGAAGAAUGGAAACUUUCAAGUUAUGAGUAUUUUUUUGUGUUCCACAGAAAAUACACUAAAGAAAAAAUAAUAAAUAACAAAUAGUAAAGAAGUAAAAAAAAAAAAAUGACAUGCUGUAAUUAGAAUAAUUUGAACGAAAGCCUUUCCAAAGGGGCACACAGCUGUAUGUGCGGCAGCAGGUGCUUGAGCCGUAACAAUUGUUCUACAAUCCUAUCAGCAAAGAAAGGCAGUUUAAUUUCCUUCAGGCCGAGUGUACGCCUUCCAUGAAUGUUCACUGUGCUCCCCAUAAGCUGUGGCUUGCUAUUGAGAAGAAGUCAAUAGUGCAUAUUGUCCCUGUUUUGCUGGCUGUGUAAUUAUAUAGGAUCAUAGAAAACCCAAUCUGAAUAAAAAAAAUAUAUUAAUGUUUAA